AUGUUUCGAAGUGUUUUAAAAUCUAUCAUAUUUCGUUGUAGGCUAAUACCUACUGCUAGGCAUUUUCAAUUGAAUAGCACUCUGCAAUGUAAUGCUAUUGUUUCGCCGAAAUUAACCAUCUCAGACGAAGUUUACAGCGCAUGGAAGGACAAAAUUGUGUACAGUUCGUUCAUAGAGAACAGCACUUUAAAACUGGGUUACAAACAAAACAAGAUUAUGGAAUCUAAAAUAAAACAAUUGCAAAAUAGUAACGUUAGGAAAUCCUACGAGAACAAACCUUUUUCCGUAGCUAUAAAGCAGUUACAAACAGAAGAAUUUAAUGAAUUGUUCGACGAUGGUACGUUGUCUUCGCAAAAUGCUGAAAAUGCAUCUGUUUUUCAUAUGCCUUAUAAACAAAUCGGUCUAAAAGUGCAAAAGCAGGAUGAAUUAGCGGAAGAAAACAAUGAUAAACUAUUUACUGGAGAAUGGAUGUCUGAUUAUGAAUAUUACGAUGAACAUGACCAGGAUGCUCGAUCGCUUUAUGGGACUCCCGAUCCUACCAUACCAACUUCUAAAAUACCUUGUGGAGGAUGUGGUGCAUUGCUACAUUGUAUCGAACCCAACAUUCCUGGCUAUUUACCGAGUGAAUUAUUGAAAGGAAAAUCAAACAAACAGUUGUUGACUACCAUAUGCCAAAGGUGUCAUUUUUUGAAAAACUAUAACGUUGCGAUAAACGUGACUGUUUCUGCUGAUGAUUACAUCGAAAUGCUGUCUACUAUAAAAACAGAAAAAGCUCUUGCUGUUCUCCUGGUCGAUAUUUUGGAUUUCCCCUGCUCAAUAUGGCCUGGACUCGCCGAAAUAUUAGGAUCUCAAAGACCCAUAGUUGUCGUAGGCAAUAAAAUCGACCUUUUGCCGCAGGAUUGUUCCGGUUACCUAGAGAACGUACGACACUGUUUGACCAAAAGCAUAAUCGAAUCAGGGUUUUCAAGAAACAACAUCAAACACGUAGCGCUCGUAUCAGCCAGCACUGGAUACGGUGUGGAAGAAUUAAUCACGAAAAUUCACAACGUCUGGGGUACCCGCGGAGAUGUGUAUUUAGUUGGCUGCACGAAUGUGGGUAAAAGCACUCUUUUUAAUACUCUGCUCAGGUCAGACCUGUGCAAGGUUCAAGCGACAGAUUUAAUUCAAAAAGCCACCGCAAGUCCAUGGCCAGGCACAACUAUACGUAUGCUUAAGUUUCCUAUUAUGCGUCCAUCUGACUACCGAUUAUAUCUAAGGACAAAUCGACUGAAACAGGAGCGAUAUAUACAGAGGGCGAAUCAGCGGUUAACACGUGAACAGUCGAAAGCAAGGAAAGAUGUUAAACAUCCUACACUACUUGGUCACAUAGGUCGUACCUUUCAGAAGGAGAAGGAGGAAGAAUCGUUCGAUCACUUUUCUUUGACGCAAAGAAGUGGUGGGCCAACAUCGAUACUUACAUUGAACGAGAAAAACGAAAAGUAUAUAAACUCCAAAUGGUGCUACGAUACACCAGGUGUCGUCCAACCCGAUCAAAUACUUGAUCUGCUCACUACGGAGGAAAUUCUGCUUACCAUUCCAAAGCAGAUGAUUCGACCGAGAGUAUACCUUCUAAAAAAGGGUAUGACUUUAUUCGUUGGCGGUCUAGGACGUAUAGAUUUUCUAGAUGGUCCAGACUCCAUACGCCUUAUUCUAUAUGCUUCUCAUACGCUUCCAACGGUUAUAUGUUAUACAUCGGAAGCCUGUGCGUUGUACAAAGCUCUGCUUGGCACACAGUUACUGGGCGUACCGUUUGGUACUGCGGUCCGCUUGAAGAAGUUUCCAUCGCUAGAAUCUGGUCCAAACAUCCUCGUACAUGGUACGCUAGAGAAACAUACUUCCGUUGUGGAUAUUUUAUUAUCAUCCGCCGGAUGGAUUGGUGUAAACUUGCCCAAAUACAACGAAGCCAUAUUUCGCGCCUGGACGCCUAAUAACAGAGGCAUAUACGUUCGGCAACCAGCUUUGCUUCCUAAUGGAUUAGCUUUACGAGGAAAACGUAUACGGGGUUCAUUAGCCUACCGGUUAGGUGAGGUGUUCAAUCCCCGUUAG